UUUCGCAACCGCUCGAGCCCAUCGCCAUGGGGCAGUCGUGCUCGUGCUUGGACCAGAGCCACCCGCACAGCCGGCGACGCUCGAGCUCGAGCUCCAUGUCACUCCAAGGCGACGCCACGGCGCGGGCUGAGGGCCUCCUACACCAGCCGUCCAAGGCCAUCGAGGCCAGUGUCGUCAAGCGCAAUCCGCGCACGCUCGACCACGAGUCGGCGUACACCGCCUUCGUCUACAAGGGCAUGGAGCAUCCGCCGAGCUCCAAGAAGACAGAGGCCAGCGGCGUGAGCGAGCCGAGGUCGUCGACCGAUACGACGAUCUUGGAGCUCGAAUGUGUCAUGUGCCUCGACACGUUCUCGGACGAGAACCCAAAGAUCCGGACGCUUUGCAACUGCGGCGUCAACAGGACCAACUUUCACCUUGCGUGCUUGUACGAGUGGGUCGACCGGGACAAGAGCUGCCCCGUGUGCCGGGCCGUGCUCUUUUUCGAGGAAAAUUAAAUCUAAAUGUCAACUGUCGUCGUCGUCAUA